AUGCCUAAUGAAAACAAUAAUACCCAGUCAGCCGGAUCUGGCGAAACUGAAUUCUUGACUUGUGAAGAAUCCCCCGGGGGGGUCAAUCAACUCGGAAUUUCCAAAAAGGUUAAGUCACAAAAGCUCCCCUGCACUUUCUUGGUCACGAAAAAAUUGUGUUCACAUAAUAGGCAGCCUGGGUCUCCUCCUUCUGAAGAAAUCACGGAUAAAUUGACUUUGUCUCUAACUGCGAGGAAGGAGGGGCUCGGCCAAGCCCUGAGUCAAAAUAAUUCUGACGAUGUUCGCUUUCUACCUUGAUUAAUAUUAGGGAAUGCUACUAACACUAACCAGGACGAUGAUCAAAACAAGACUCCGAAGCCGAAUCUCCCUGAAGGCUCUGAAGCGACCAACAUGCAGCAAUUACUUUCCAAGCUCGCCGAGCAGCAACGAUUGAUUGAUCAACAAAGAGAGGCUCUUGCGCAUCAGGAGAAGGAACUUUUUAGGGUCAAGACAGAUAACUAUCCCGGAUUUUCGGCGUACACCAGUCCCUCUAUCCAAGUGGCAGCAGAUCCCAGCCCCGGCCCCUUCAACGCCGUUCAGAAUCCUGUUUCAGUGGAUAACUCCGAUAGUUAUGGCUUUCGCCCGGCUUCUCACUUUCACGAAGUCAAUCGUCUUCAAUCAGAGUUAAAGGUCGCCCAAAGUAAGAUAUCGGCCAUGAACGACGAGCUUGUCCAUACAAGAAUAGCAAAGCACACGCUAGACCAAGUCUUGAGUCCUUCAGGGGAGGAUGGGUCUUCAUUGGGAGGUGAUGUCUCAGAGCAAGCCAUUGCCUCUUUGCAAACAGCCUUUGCACAGUCUACCCGCCCAAACACACAGAGACCCGAAUCCUGGCCAUCGGCAUCCUAUGACGACUCGAUGGCCGAUCAUUCCACUGAGUACCAUCAACAGCCCCUCUCGACUGGCCCGUACUCCCGAUCCGGUAUUUGGGCCACCUCCCCAAAGUCUAGUAUGCCCCAGCUGGCAUCUUUGCAAAUUACUGCCCCUAGCGAAAUGCAAUACCAAAAUACAUUGCGCCAGGGUCCCGUCGAUGCAGAUGCCUAUGGGGGAAGCCGAAUCUGGAAUAAUACGCCCCGCUCCUUUAGUCUACAGGGUGGCGGCCCUCCUGUUACAGGGGACGGUCGUUACUCAGGUCGUCGUUCAUCUUACAACCCCCAGGCCACUCCUUUUGUCCGCUCCAACUUUGAGCAUGGGGGUUCGAACAAAGUUUCUUCGAGCACAGGUUAUACUCCGAGCCCAAUCGGCACUCCGCUUUCCCCUAACUCUACUGCUGAUUUUCCUUCAGGCUCUAGUAGUGGCAGCACGCUGUGGGGCCAAGCUCAAGUAGGUUUUCUGGGCUUUGUCUGUUUGAAUAGGUGUUUGAAACUAACGGAAGUUCCAAUAAUAAAAGCAGACAUAUGUUUCUACUAUUGAGCCACUCAACUAUCGGCGACUUCUCGAACGCAGUGUCAACUGCAACUGGAAAUACAUCGUUGAUAAGAUUGUUUGCAACAAUGACCAACAAGCCUCCAUCUUUCUCCAACAGAAACUUAAGAUUGGCACAGCCGAACAGAAACACGCGAUCGUCGACUCAAUUGUAGCUCAAGCGUACCCCCUUAUGGUUAACCGCUUCGGAAACUUUCUCGUUCAACGAUGCUUUGAGCAUGGCACCACGGAGCAGAUAGAUGGGAUAGCAAGUGCUAUCCGUGGAAAUACCCUCAACUUGAGCAUGGAUGCGUUUGGCUGCCAUGUUAUUCAGAAGGCCUUCGAUUGCGUUUCUGAGGAUUUCAAGGCAACUAUGGUCGCCGAAUUGCUUCGACGCAUUCCGGAAACGGUCAUUCAUAGAUGUUAGUAGCAACCUUCUCCCUUGGUUUUUCUGGUGCUGAGAAUAUUUUAGACGCCUGUCAUGUCUGGCAGAAACUUUUCGAACUCAGGUGGUCGGAUUCCCCACCUCAAAUCAUGAAGUAUGUAAAUGAGGCCUUGCGAGGUAUGUGGCAUGAAGUUGCGUUGGGGGAAACUGGCAGCCUCGUGGUCCAGAAUAUCUUCGAAAAUUGCCUCGAAGAGGAUAAAGUCAGUAGCUCAGAUUAUACCUAUGCGUUCUCAUGGCAUCCAUUGGCUGUGUAUACUGACAUCUGUAGCGCCCCUGUAUCAACGAGGUUCUCGAGUCGAUUGAUCUGAUCGCUCACGGCCAGUUUGGUAACUGGUGCAUUCAACACAUUUGGUAGGCUUUCCCCUCUUUCAACCUACCUCAGAUAUCUAACCCGAGUUUAGCGAGCACGGGGCGCCUCUUGACCGUUCUAGAGCAGUUGAUACCGUCGUUCACAAUGCCGCUGAGUAUAGCAUGGAUCAAUACGCAUCCAAAGUUGUUGAGAAAUGUCUCAAAAUAGGCGGAAGCGAAUUUCUCGAUCGAUACCUUGACCGUGUGUGCGAAGGACGCUCUGACCGUCCUCGCAUUCCUCUCAUUGAUAGUAUGUUUCAUCUUCUGUCCUCUUUUUCCUCUACUAACUCUUUCAGUCGCGAGCGACCAGUAUGGAAAUUACCUGGUUCAAUGGAUACUCCAACAUGCUUCGUCUACUCAUAGAGAGCAAGUUGCGACCCAUAUCCGCAAGCACAUGGUUUCCUUGCGCGGGAGUAAGUUUGGCUCCCGUGUUGGCAUUCUCUGCUGCAAUCCGAUGUACAACCGCUCCGGCACCCCUUCCACUGCUGCACCAAGAUACAGCAGAUAUGGCUAUCGCUAGCGCUGACACUUUCUUAUUAUCCAUUUACCAUAUCUAUACGGCUUACAUUCUAUCAAACUGUAGUGUUUCUUGGAUGAUUUUUUUUAUCGUUUCUGUUUGGUUGCUAUUCAACUCUCUGCUUAGGUAGAUUGCAACUCUUCAAAAGUGGACGGUAGGGAUGGUUCACACGAUUCUCAUUUUUUCCCCCCUGUUUCAUUCUUUUUCUUGUUCUUUUUCAUGUUUGAAUGGACGAUGAAGUGGUGGUAUGAUGCAUGGAUUGGGCUUAUUCUCCCUUUCUUCCUCUCCUGUCUGGAGGUACCCACUAUCAUUUCUCAAGCCUGGCCAUGCGGGCAUUUGGUUAGUUGAAAGAGCAUGGUUGGCGGGGGUGUAUAUGAAGCAAACGACAGUUGCGGUUAGAAACCCCUAUACAUCUUAUGGGAUUGGGGUCAGUGCGUUGUGAGGAACAGAAUAAACUGUACCAUCGCAAUAUUUGCACUGUUGCACAGUGUUUGCAUAGCUUUCUAAUGAGCACAUGGGUUUACUCCUAUUUCGGAUCUUAAUUUCAGCGGCGCUUAUCCUUAAACAUUUCUCUCUUUUUUUCUCUUUAUGUAUCUAGCUAGUGAUGGAUAUCUUUGACGAUGGUGAUGACAAUAAUUUAUGCUUUAGCCCAUC